GUAAAAAAAAAAACAGUGUAAUAGUAGUAUAAAUAGGCUAGGCAAACAAUACAUGAACACAACCAAAGUAGAACAAAAAAAACACAGAGAGAGAAAAAGUGUCUGUAACAUCACAAAUUUCUCAUUCCAAUGGCAGAAUCAGUGGAAAAGUCAUCGACUUUCAUGGUCAGAAACAGAGCUUGGUCAUCUGAGACCACCAUAACAGAUGUGAAUGUGGACUCACUCUCUCAGUGUGCUACCUUUCUCAACCUUCAAGAAGUCUCCAACAUGGCCAUGACCUGCAACUUAUUCAAAAAGGUCGCUUAUUCAGACCCCAUCUGGCAUCGUUUGUACAGGGAACAUUGGCACAGAGAAAUCCCAGCUGCUGUUUCUCAAAAACUAGGAGCUCGAGAUGCAUAUCUGGCUCGACACAAAUCGGUUAAUCAGUUCGAGUUUAGUGAUCCAAUUGGUUUCGACACUUUCACAGCCUCGAAACCUGUUGAUCACCUCAUCAUUGACAAUAACACCAUUAUCUUUGCUCAUGGUCCAUGGCUAAGGAUCACAAACAUUAACACCCCUUUUCUUACAAAAGGUUCGACUGUCAUGCUCAAUGGUCAUACUGAAAGAAUAACUUGUAUGAGGUAA